AUGUCCAAAUCGGCGCUGCGCAAUGCCAGAAUCACGCCGCACCGCUCCGGCGCCCGCGGCCACAGCGACCACGGCUGGCUAGACACGUACCACAGCUUCUCCUUCGCCGACUGGUACAACCCCAAGUUCUCACAGUUUGGGUCGCUGCGCGUCCUCAACGAGGACCGCGUCAAGGCUAGCUCGGGCUUUCCCACGCAUCCGCACCGGGACUUUGAAAUCUUCAGCUACCUUUUGUCCGGGGAGCUGACACACCGGGACUCCAUGCUGGCCGAGGGCGACGAGGGCGAGCAGUCGGACAGGUUUUACAGGAUGCGCCGGGGCGACGUGCAGUUCACCACGGGCGGAACGGGCAUCGCGCACUCCGAGUUCAACGAGCACGAGACAGAGACGGCGCACUUUUUGCAGAUCUGGGCUGUCCCUUGGAGGAGGGGGCUCAGCCCGCGCUACCACACGCGCACGUUUAGCGAUGGGGAUAAGCGCAGGGGCUUUGUCGAGAUUCUGAGCCCGCUCAAGGGCGGGCCUAAUGCCACGGCGCAGCAGGAGGAGGACGCGGAGCCUGUUGUUCAAGGCACCAUUCCUAUUCACGCGGAUUUCGCCAUGGGCGCGGGCAUCAUUGCGCCGGGGGAGACAUUCCAAUGGCUGGUCGGCGCGAAUGCCACGGAGCAGAAGGAGAGAAAGGUUUUUGUGCACUUGCCCAUGAUGAAGGGGGGCAGGGCAAAGAUUCGUCUGGAUGGACGGGAGGACGCAGAGCUGGACGAGGGUGAUGGUGCGUUUGUGGACGGGAUUUUUGCCGGUAAUCGGUUGGCGGUGGAGAGUAUAGGGUCUGAGGAGGCAGAGGUUGUUGUUUUGGAUACGGCUUAG